AUGGCCUCACAAGUCUUGGUCUACCCACCAUAUGUUUAUCAAACUCAGUCAAGUGCCUUUUGUAGUGUGAAGAAACUCAAAGUAGAGCCAAGCAGUUGUGUAUUCCAGGAAAGAAACUACCCACGGACCUACGUGAAUGGUAGAAACGUUGAAAAUUCUCAUCCUCUCAUAAAGGGUAGUGCUUUUCAGACAAAGAUAGCAUUUAACAGACCUCGAGGACACAACUUUUCGUUGCAGACAAGUGCUGCGGUUUUAAAAAACACUGCGGGGGCUACAAAGGUCAUAGCAGCUCCGGCACAGCAAGCUCAAGUGGGGGCACCUCCGGCCGGGGCGUGGAGACCUAGGUUACACUUCCUAGGGGGCCCCCAGCGAUGUGGAUUGAAGCGCAAGAGUGAGGAGUUGGAUAAUCAUAGCGCAAUGCAGAUUGUCGAUGAAUUGUCCAUACUUCCUGCAAUGUUGCAAACUAACAUGGGAAAUCCAGUGACAGUUGUGACAACUACCACAGGAACAAAACAGAAUUGCACUACUGGAGAAGGUGACUAUCAGUUAGUACAGCAUGAAGUCUUAUGCUCCAUGAAAAACACGUAUGAAGUCCUCGAUUUUCUGGGUCGAGGCACUUUUGGCCAGGUCGUCAAAUGCUGGAAAAGAGGGACGAAUGAAAUUGUGGCAGUCAAGAUUUUGAAGAAUCACCCUUCUUAUGCACGCCAAGGUCAGAUAGAAGUGAGCAUAUUAGCAAGACUCAGUACUGAGAAUGCUGAUGAGUAUAACUUUGUUCGAGCUUAUGAGUGCUUUCAGCACCGCAACCAUACUUGUUUAGUCUUUGAGAUGCUGGAACAAAACUUGUAUGACUUUCUGAAACAAAAUAAGUUCAGUCCCCUGCCACUAAAAGUGAUUCGACCCAUUCUUCAACAAGUGGCCACUGCACUGAAAAAAUUGAAAAGCCUUGGUUUGAUUCAUGCUGAUCUCAAACCAGAGAAUAUUAUGUUGGUGGAUCCUGUUCGGCAGCCUUACAGGGUUAAAGUCAUAGACUUUGGGUCAGCCAGUCACGUGUCGAAGACUGUUUGUUCAACAUACCUACAAUCUCGGUACUACAGAGCUCCAGAGAUUAUAUUGGGGCUGCCAUUUUGUGAAGCCAUAGACAUGUGGUCCUUGGGAUGCGUGAUUGCAGAAUUAUUCCUUGGAUGGCCGCUCUACCCAGGAGCCUUGGAGUAUGACCAGAUUCGAUACAUUUCUCAGACUCAAGGUUUACCAGGAGAACAGUUGUUAAAUGUGGGUACAAAAUCCACAAGAUUUUUUUGCAGAGAAACAGAUAUUUCUCAUUCUGGUUGGAGAUUAAAGACACUAGAAGAACAUGAGGCAGAGACAGGAAUGAAGUCUAAAGAAGCCAGAAAGUACAUAUUCAACAGUCUGGAUGAUAUAGUGCAUGUGAACACAGUGAUGGAUUUGGAAGGAAGUGAUCUUUUGGCUGAGAAAGCUGAUAGAAGAGAAUUUGUCAGUCUGUUAAAGAAAAUGUUGCUGAUCGAUGCAGAUUUAAGAAUUACUCCAACUGAAACAUUGAACCAUCCUUUUGUUACUAUGAAACAUCUUCUAGAUUUUCCUCAUAGCAACCAUGUAAAGUCCUGUUUUCAUAUCAUGGAUAUUUGUAAGUCCCACCCAAAUACAUGUGACACAAAUAAUCACAAUAAAACUUCACUUUUAAGACCAGUUUCUUCAACUAGUACAGCUAAUCUGGCAGCAAGUUUUACUAAACUUGGCACAUUAAGAAGUCAGGCAUUAACCACAUCUGCACACUCGGUUGUGCACCAUGGAAUCCCUCUGCAGGCGGGGACUGCUCAUUUCGGCUGCGGUGAUGCUUUUCAGCAGACACUGAUUAUCUGCCCCCCAGCUAUCCAAGGGAUUCCUACCACACAUGGUAAACCCACUAGUUACUCAAUAAGGGUGGAUAAUACAGUUCCACUUGUAACUCAGGCCGCGGCUGUGCAGCCACUCCAGAUCCGACCAGGAGUUCUUUCUCAGACAUGGUCUGGUAGAACCCAGCAGAUGCUGGUACCUGCCUGGCAGCAAGUAACACCCUUGGCUCCUGCUGCCACUUCGUUAGCUUCUGAGGGUGUGGCUGGUUCACAAAGACUUGGAGACUGGGGGAAAAUGAUUUCACACAAUGGUCAUUAUAGCUCAGUGAUGCCGCAACCUCUUCUAACCAAUCAGAUAACUUUAUCGGCUCCUCAGCCAAUCAGUGUGGGCAUCGCACAUGUUGUCUGGCCUCAGCCUGCUGCUACCAAGAAGAAUAAGCUGUGCCCGAACAGGAGUAAUGCAUUGCAGAAUACCAAUAUUCCACAUUCAGCAUUUAUUUCUCCAAAGAUAGCAAAUGGGAAAGAUGUUGAGGAAGUAAAUUGUAUAGAAACACGGGACAAUCAUAACUCAGAAGAGGAAAGAAAUUGUGAAACAUCCGUCAGGCAGGACCCUGAUUCAUCAGUUUCAGACAAGCAGCGGCAAACCAUCAUCAUAGCUGACUCUCCAAGUCCUGCUGUGAGUGUGAUCACUAUCAGCAGUGACACAGAUGAGGAAGAGACAACACAGAGACAUUCUCUCAGAGAUUGUAAAGGUAGUCUAGAUUGUGAAGCUUGCCAGAGCACUUUGAAUAUCGAUCGGAUGUGCUCAUUAAGUAGUCCUGAUAGUACUCUGAGCACCAGCUCCUCGGGGCAGUCCAGCCCAUCCCCUUGCAAGAGACCUAACAGUAUGUCAGAUGAAGAGCAGGAGAGUGGUUGUGAUACGGUGGACGGCUCUCCAACAUCAGACUCUUCGGGACAUGAUAGUCCUUUUGCGGAGAGCACUUUUGUGGAGGACACUCAUCAGAACACAGAACUGGUGCCCUCUUCCGACACAGAACCCAAGCCAGCUGUCUGUGCUGUUGUGGUGCCACCAAUGGGACUAGAGAAUGGAUUAAAUGCCGAUGAGCAUAUGGCAAACACAGAUUCUGUGUGCCAGCCAUUGAUAAAAGGACGAUGUGCUCCUGGGAGAUCGAACCAGCCCUCCACCGUGGGUGCUCGUCAGCAGAAACUGGCAUCAGCAUUCCAGCCCCAGCAUUUGAGUUUCAGUCAGGUUCAGCACUUCGGAUCUGGGCAUCAAGAAUGGAAUGGAAACUUUGGACAUCGGAGACAGCAGGCUUAUAUCCCUACUAGUGUUACCAGUAAUCCAUUCACUCUUUCUCACGGGAGUCCCAGUCACACAGCUGUGCACGCUCAUCUGGCUGGAAGUACGCACCUUGGAGGACAGCCUACUCUGCUUCCGUACCCAGCAGCUUCCCUCAGUAGUGCUGCUCCAGUGGCCCACCUCCUAGCCUCGCCAUGUACCUCAAGACCCAUGUUACAGCACCCGACUUACAGUCUAUCCCAUCCUGGUGGCAUAGUUCACCAGGUCCCCGUGGGCAUAAACCCCCGCCUGUUACCAUCCCCAACCAUUCAUCAGACUCAGUACAAACCAAUCUUCCCACCACAUUCUUACAUCGCAGCAUCGCCUGCGUAUACUGGAUUUCCUUUGAGUCCAACCAAACUCAGCCAGUAUCCAUAUAUGUGA